AUGAACGAGUUGGAACAGAUUGGCACCUGGCACGCCGCGCAGUGGAAGUUUCUCGCCAGAAGACGCGCCAGCAAGGUCAUGACGCUUGACGGUCUGGACUUCUUACCAAGACUGAUCGUUCAGGGUAAUGACUGGUUCUUUGUGGCAUCUACUCGCAAAGGUGACGAGACGACGCUAUGGACUGAGCAGCCAAUCGGUUCUACCUGGCCAGCACUCGGCACAUGUCAAGUCAUCCGCGCGGUCCAGUACUUGGCCUGGUGGUGUGAGGGUGUAUACUGGCCUUGGUUCAAAGAGAACAUUUUUGAUUUUGAGCUGCAAGAUACUUGA